UUUGAUUCUACACAAUGGCUACCGGACAGUUAUUCUCUCGCACUACACAAGCACGGUUUUACAACUAUAAGCAACUUCCAAUCCAGUGGAUGCUGGACUUUGACUUCCUUUGUGGGAGGGAGACACCAUCAUUUGUUGGAAUCAUUAACCCAGGUGCUGAGGGAUUUCAGAAACUCUUUUUUGGUCAAGAAGAAAAAGCCAUCCCAGUCCAUUCAUCCAUUGAAGCAGCUUGUGCCGCACACCCUACUGCUGAUGUCUUUAUCAACUUUUCUUCAUUUAGAAGGUUGUUAUUGGCCUAGCUACUAUUGGAGGUAUUCAAGCUGGAGCCUUUAAGAUUGGUGACACAACCAAAACAAUUGACAACAUAAUU